AUGAUGAUGACGAUGACGCAACCGACUCGGCUUGGCUGUGGAUUCUGGGAGAAAUUCACUCAACAGCCAUCUUCGGGGUCUCGGCUGUCAAGCGGCACCUUUACAUUAUACAGUUAGGGUCACUUGUCUCAAAACAACAAACUAUUUCAGUAUGGCCGGUCUUUAAAGGGUUGCACCAUCGCUGUAGCAGAGAGCCGAAGGGAAGCGAGUCUCAGGCGUUAUCGGUGGAUUGCUAACGGAAAGCCGCUACCGCCUCUCAUCUGGUGCCAAGCGAUCCGAGUCAAGUGUACAUUUAGGGAGAUGUCGACCAUGGUGUACCCACGAGACGAAGCCCUGGAGCGGCUGAGUCAGGACGAGAUCGUCCUCAACACCAAGGCGGUCAUCCAGGGCCUGGAGACGCUGCGGGGGGAGCAUGCCCAGCUCCUCAACUCCCUGCUGGACUGCACGCAGCCACCCGUAGCCCAGGAGCGGUCGGGCCUGCUGCGCAAGAGCAUGGAGGCCAUCGAGUUGGGCCUCGGGGAGGCACAGGUGAUCAUCGCCCUGUCAGGCCACCUCAGCGCCGUGGAGUCGGAGAAGCAGAAGCUGCGGGCCCAGGUGCGCCGGCUGUGCCAGGAGAACCAGUGGCUCCGCGACGAGCUGGCCAACACGCAGCACAAGCUCCAGCGCAGCGAGCAGAGCGUGGCCCAGCUGGAGGAGGAGAAGAAGCACCUGGAGUUCAUGAACCAGAUCAAGAAGUACGACGAGGACCCCGCCGCCGGGGCCUCCCCGUCCGACGAGAAGGGCCAGGCUGGGGGAGGAGGAGGAGGAGGAGGAGGGGGGGGGGACGGCUCCAAGGAUAACCUGGAUGAUCUGUUCCCCAACGAUGAGGACCAGGGGCCAGCCCAGCCCAGCGGCGAGGUGGCAGCCCAGCAGGGGGGCUAUGAGAUCCCGGCCCGCCUGCGGACCCUCCACAACCUGGUGAUCCAGUACGCGUCGCAGGGCCGCUACGAGGUGGCCGUGCCCCUCUGCAAGCAGGCCCUGGAGGACCUGGAGAAGACCUCGGGCCACGACCACCCCGACGUGGCCACCAUGCUCAACAUCCUGGCCCUGGUCUACAGGGACCAGAACAAGUACAAGGAGGCGGCCCACCUGCUGAAUGACGCCCUGGCCAUCCGGGAGAAGACCCUGGGCCGGGACCACCCGGCGGUGGCCGCCACCCUCAACAACCUGGCCGUGCUCUACGGCAAGAGGGGCAAAUACAAGGAGGCGGAGCCGCUGUGCAAGAGGGCCCUGGAGAUCAGAGAGAAGGUCCUGGGGAAGUAUCACCCGGACGUGGCCAAGCAGCUCAACAACCUGGCGCUGCUCUGCCAGAACCAGGGCAAGUACGAGGAGGUGGAGUACUACUACCAGCGCGCCCUGGAGAUCUACCAGUCCAAGCUGGGCGCCGACGACCCCAACGUGGCCAAGACCAAGAACAACCUGGCCACCUGCUACCUGAAGCAGGGCAAGUACAAGGACGCUGAGGCCCUCUACAAGGAGAUCCUGACCCGCGCGCACGAGAAGGAGUUCGGCUCUGUUAACAACGACAACAAGCCCAUCUGGAUGCAUGCAGAGGAGCGGGAGGAGAGCAAGGGAAAGCGUAAGGACUGCGGCCCCGCUGUGGAGUACGGAGGCUGGUACAAGGCCUGCAAGGUGGACAGCCCCACAGUCAACACCACCCUGAAGAGCCUGGGCUCACUGUACCGCCGCCAGGGCAAGCAUGAGGCAGCCGAGACACUGGAGGAGUGCGCUAACAAGACCCGCAAACAGGGUAUCGACGCCAUCAACCAGAGCAAGGUGGUGGAGCUGCUGAAGGACGGGGGGCACGGAGGGUCCGAGCGACGGCCGGGCCGGGACGGCAGCGGCCAGCGGGGGGACAGCGAGGGCGACGACUCGGCCGAGUGGAUCGGGGAUGGCAACGGGGCCCUGCGUCGCAGCGGCUCCUUCGGCAAGAUCCGGGACGCCCUGAGACGCAGCAGCGAGAUGCUGGUGAAGAAACUGCAGGGCAGCGGCCCUCAGGAGCCCCGCAACCCCGGGAUGAAGAGGGCCAGCUCUCUGAACUUCCUGAACAAGAACGCAGAGGAGACUACACAGGAAGCCAACUCCGGCCUAUCAGACUGCAGGGGACUAAGUUCCAGUAACGUGGACCUAACAAGACGCAGCUCUGUGAUUGGUUAGAUGCAGAGAGAAGGUGGGACUAGAGAGAAAAGAGCGGCCCAAUGAGGAGAGGCUGUUUUGCAUCUGAGAAUCAAUCAAACACCAUACUCUCGACCAAGCUCCAAUACCUGAAUACAAAGUUUCCUUUUUUUUUUAUAUAACACUGAAGAACAAGAAAAUCUUACUGAAAUAUAUUUUCAUCCAAUGAUCAUUGAGGUCGGGAUCACACGUAAGGCAUCUAAAUCCAUUACAUUUGCAUAAUAUGCAAAUAGUUCAAAUAGAGCAAAUAAGUAUAUAUCUUACGACUACAUUGAUAUGCUGAUGAUGCCCUGCUAAACAGAGCACAAUGCAUGAGCCGUUUAAUUCUGCUUGCUGAAUUCUCUUAUUUCUGUGGUGGGAUGAGGGGGGUUCACCAUAAACAAUUUUGCAAUUGAAUGAAUGACACAGGUUUAUGAAACAUGAAUUCCCGGAUUGAAAUGGCUCAUGUGUGAUCCCAGAGUCAGUGCCGAGUCCCUGCUGCAUCUGCAUUAUGUAAAAAUUGUUAACGAUGAUCUGAUGUCCUAGAGAACUGAGACCUUUGACAUUGUACGCAUGCCGCUUACGAGGAAGUUGGACUUCUGCACAUGACUGCCCCUUUGUGGUGUCUCGGGGCGUUUCGGUUCAGAGAGGGUGCGAUCACUGGGGAGGAGGGGAGGCUAACGUACACUGUGCCAUAUCACUUGUAGCACGAACCACUUUGCUAAUGCUAAUGGUCAACCUGCACAUUAUCACCGAUGUUGAAGCGGCUAUGAUUCGUUAGACUUUAUUGUAAAGGAAUAAAUAGUGGUUGUUAUUGAAGGAAGAAAAAAAUAUAUACUUUGGAUUGUCAAACAAUAGCACUGACCGGUUAAACCUCACUUUUGCCUUUUUAUUUUAUUUUAUUUUAUGUAUACACAGGGUUAAAUUAUUAGAUUUUUCUUUUGUACAUAGUUUGUUUUUGUUUCCAGUGUCUGGUUGGUAAUGGACCUCAUAUGAAAAGCUGUAGUAAAACGAGAUCUAAAGAUUAGUGGGGGGAGAAGGAGAGAAAAAAGUGAACAAGGAAGGAAAAGGAGGAGGGUCAAAAAGGACAGAAGUAUUAAGGUUGGACCUUUCAGUACCUGAGGCAGGUAGGGGAGCAUAACCCGCCGAAUAAGCUAAAAAACAAAACACUACCGACCUAGACCCCAUCUCGCCAUAGAGGUUUCAACCCAGACGCCUACGAUGCACGUUUUGUCCCAGUAGGGCGGCCAUCUUUAAUUUCCGCAUCUCAGCGACGUCUGAAAAACAAUUCCUAAACCAAACCUCUUUGGAAAAAAGAAGAGGGAGAGCUACAUUCUGACGAAAUUCCAAUAUCAUGUUUUCAACCAAAAAAAUGAGUCAAGAGUUUUGAAAUUAUUUGUUUAUUUUGUCAAGUCAAUUUGAUUCUAGCUAUUGUAAGUUGGGGAAAAACCCAUGGAAAAGAUUUUGUUUUUGGUUGUUUGUUUGGGGUCGAAGCCCCUUGUUAAUCCCCUCGUAAACUGCUGUUCACAAGGUACUCACUAGAAGGUUUACAUUACCUCCAACUUGUAUCAGUCUUAAUAAAUGGAACUGACGUAGACGUUCACUCUGUCGCUAGCAGAAAACGUCAUCUUUCGACGGUAUACAAGGUACAAUUUGAGACUGUGAUAGUAAAGUGGUUGUGUUUGUUAUACUUUGUCCCCUCUUUUUGCUUUUUGAGUGUCAUGUCUUCAUACACAAAGAAAUCUAUUUUACUUCAAUGAUACAUUGAGAUCCAACUGGAAAAUGUUGACUUAAAAUGUGGCCAAGAAUCCGUCCAUUGGAGAGCGUCUGUUGUUUUACCUCCGCACCCGCUUGGCCGGCUUCUUUGUGUUUUUGUUUUGUAGUGGUUUUACUACGGAAUAUUCUAUUGGUAGCCGUUUUCAAUGUUUGAAUAUUGCUUUGAAGGUUGAUAAUGUGGACUAGGGGGGAGAUGAGAAGGGGUGAACAGUAGCUGAACACCUACAGAGGAUGUAUGUAACAUAACCGUAAUCCCGGGACCUUGAAAUAUGACCCAGCAAGUUGAUGCGUUAACGCCUCGGAAAUUCAGGUUAGAUUCGUCACAAAGAUGCAACCAUGACCACCAUGACCCUAACCCCGCCCCUCGCACCCACCUCCCAAAGCUGAACUUCAGACAAUCCAAACGUGGGGACGUCCUCCUUUGUAAAGAGAGGGCCAGUCAGACGAGCCAGGAAGGUGAUGGGUGUCAAAUGAAGGGACUCCAUUGGCUCAAAUGAUCCGCCGUCUCUCUGUCUUCUUUCUCUUUUUGGUGGAGGACCCUGAUUCAGAUUGCAGACGUGUCAACUUGCUGGGUUUCACUUUUGAAGGGCCCGUAUGGUCUCCGCUUGUGCACUCGGAGGGCUCGGAGAGGUAGAACAGGAUGUGGGGGGCUUUGUAAGAGGAAGGGCUGAUGCAUGACGGAACGACUUUGGCCAAAUGAUUGUGAUUGGUUGAAGAUGAAAAGGGCGAUAAUUGUUCAGAAGAUUGUCGAGAUGUUUCCGGUGUCGGAGAUACUCGACAAAAGUGCUUUUACUGUUUGUUAGCAGCAGAGAUGUACUUCAUUAUAUUCCACAUAUGAAGCAUAUAGAUCUAUGCAUAUAGAUAUGUAUAGAUAUCUGCACAUCGGUCACUCAUAAAUAUCAAUGUUACACUCAAUAUUUUCACUAGAUUCUUAAAAGUAUCAGUUUUUAUUCUCUUCCUUGUCUCACACACACACACACACACACACACACCAUUUUCCCGCUGUGUAUAAUCUUAGAUUUGCGUUUUGUUUAUUGCAGAUCUCCCAUGAAAUGAAGAAUGUUCGAGAGACUAGAGCGCGAGGUUCUGUCCUCUUAUCAGAAUCUAGAAACCACAGGCAGAUACCGCUUCCUCUAUAUCAUGCAUAGAUAGACGUAUAUGUAGUUCACAAAACAACUGUAUGAAUAUAAAUAAGCAAGUAGACCAUACUAGUGAAGGUAACUCUUCUAGCCGUGCAGCGGAACCGAAAAGUAACAGAUCCAUAAUCGGGAUUAAGAGUGACUGUCAGUCUGUCAAUCGCCUCUAAAAAUAUUAACAUCAGCACACAAUGUCAAUGCAAUGAAGGUUCUUAAAAAAACAUCAAAUGGUCCAAUUCAGCACUUUUCCUGGUGGUUCUCGUGAACGUCCUCACGCAGUUCAAAUGCUUCUAUUAAUAGCCUUCACACAGCUACCCAGAAGAAAAGCAUGGUCAUGGUGGAGGUAAGCGGGAGAUCUGAGAACCGUUGAUACAUGGAUGUGAUGUUGUGGAUGUGAAGCUGCAUAUGCUAUAUUUUACCAUUAAAGUAAUCCACACGCA